AAAAAAACGUGACUCUUUUACGCAUGGGGCGGGCCUUUCAUUCAGCCGGGCUGUGGGUGAGGGGGUCACCUAGUCGCAGACAAUCAAAGAUGUUUGAGUUUCCAUGCGCAGUGGCCAGGGAGGCAACACUGGGCGCUAUUUACCCCUCCUCCAGCUCCGACCGCUCGGCCUCCCACACCAACCCGGGCUUUUAAAGUCACCCCCGGUCCAAAAGAGGAAAGGGAAAAAACAAAACAAACUAAACGCUCCAGUAGCAAAAAGCCGUGGAUGCAAUGUGACUUAUUUCUGCCAGGUAGAAACGAGGGGAGGAAAAAAAAAGAACAGCAACACCGACAUUAGACCUGUUGGCGACGAUGAAUUACUCCAAGGCGCAAAUGUCAAACCUAUCUGAAGAGGGGAGCUCUGUCGGGGGUCUGCAACACUCCAUUCCUGCAGGGGUGAAGCUGGAGGCGUUGAUGGAGCAGCUGCAGAGGCACCAAGGAGCAAAUCUGGAGAUGAACCUGCAGGAGAAACAUCUUCUUCAAGCUCAGUUCCUCUUGGCUCAACAAGCCGCCGCUGCUGCUGCAAGAGCGUCCAGCUCCAGGCCCGACUCGGCGCCGUUUGGUAAAGCGGAUGGACAGAUCGGCCAAGUCACCCAGCACGUCCGAAGCAGCCCUCUGGUCAAGGUGGAGCCGAAGCAGGAGAACAAAGACUCGGGCGGGGAAGAGCAGGAGAUGCUGGAGCCCGAGGAAGAGGAUGAAUUGGGGGACGAGGCAGACGAGAAGAUUAGAAUCCAACAGGUUUCAGGCUUCCAGCCGUAUGCCGCAUCCCUCCCAUCCGCCGUGCAGCAAACGUCUGAGCCUUCGCCUUCGGCGGUCAAAGAGGAGCACGAGGAGAAGAACCUGUCGCCUCCUGUGGGUCAAAACGCCUUCACCUCACCCAACGGCCUUGCUGACUGGGGAUACGACGAGCUCUUCAAACAGAGAGGAAGCAGCAUCUGGACCGAGGAAAGUGAUGGAGCCAAAGCGAGAGGAGAGCCUUCCAGGGACUUUGCCAAGCUUUAUGAACUGGAUAAUGAUCCCCAGAGGAAGGAUUUUCUAGAUGAACUCUUCGUCUUCAUGCAGAAAAGAGGGACUCCUGUUAACCGCAUUCCCAUCAUGGCGAAACAGGUGCUGGACCUGUACAAGCUUUAUAAGCUCGUUACGGAGAAGGGAGGACUGGUGGAGGUUAUCAACAAGAAGAUCUGGAGGGAGAUCACCAAGGGUCUCAGUCUGCCCACGUCCAUCACCAGCGCAGCCUUCACCCUUCGCACUCAGUAUAUGAAAUACCUGUACCCGUUCGAGUGCGAGAAGAAGCGUCUGAGCUCUCCGGGCGAGCUGCAGGCCGCGAUCGACGGCAACCGCAGAGAGAGCCGACGUCCCAGCUACACCAGCAGCCUUUACCGCUACUCCCCGUCCCAGGGCUCUGCUCCACAUUCCCUCCUGUCCUCGCCUACGGUGCAAACUGCCCCGGCCACACACAACGGCAUGAGCAUGUCCGCCAGUCCCAAUUUAAAAAGAAGCACAGAUGAGACCUCUACGCCUGUAAUAUCCGGGCUCCCCAUGGCUCUGGGCCACCAUCAGCACCAGCACAGUCAUCCUCAUCAGCUCGCACAAGCCGCCACUUUAGAGCAUCUCAGGGAGAGGCUGGAUCGAGCGGCAGGUGGCGCUCCGGCCGACGGUCCGGAGAAGAAAAUGAUGCGGCUUGCGGAGGAGCAGCAGCGCCUCAUGCAGCAGGCCCUGCAGCAAAACCUGCUGGCGAUGGCCUCCCACUUCAACCCCAUGAGUCUCAAACUCAACAAUGGGCAGGAAAAGAAAAAGGAUUUGUCUCUGAGCAUCUCUGCCAAUGGGCCGGCAAGCAUCAGUGUAUCUGUGGAGGUCAACGGUACCGUUUACUCAGGGACGCUGUUGGCCCAGAAGUCGGCCGCUCCGGUGCCAUCGCAGACCGUGACUCCAGCAGGAACGAGCGGCUUCAGCGCCCUCUCCUCAUCCCAAAGCCCAUCCUCUUCGUCUUCCACCUCCGCAAAAGGACCAAAUUAAACCUUUUUUUUUUUUUUUUAAGAAAUCUGUCUGUAGCACCCCUAAUAUGCCUCUCUUAUCUAAGAAAAGUGGAAAUGUCAGGGAAUGAUCUGUCAAGCAGGAAACCGUCGUUCUGUUUUGCUGAAUCACUUUUUAAUAACUGACAGCUCAAUGCUUGUCAGGUGGACAAUAGUAUUUGUCUUGAACGGCUUCACAUUCAUAUAGAUUCAGGUCUGUUUACUAUAGUGCCUGAGUAUUUUCUUUUCUUUAAUACGGAUGAAUUGUUUAAAAAAAAAAAACUUGACAUGGAUUGUUAUGAACUGUGGAGAAUACAGCGUGAACUUGCCGGAGCGCUUUGGAAAUCCGUUACGAUAUUAAUGACCUCCACGAAGACUUCAUUAGGAUUUGUUUGCAUGACGAUCCGUAACAGAGUGUGUAGCUGCUGAAGUCCAGCUGCCAGAGACCAAAAAAGCCUUAGCUCGGUGUCAUACUGUUUUCACCAUGCCUUUUGUAUCCCUUGAUGAUGAUUCAGGUAACUUGGCUGAUACUUUAUACUUUGAGGAUUUCAGGGAAUAUGCAGAGAAAAUAGUUUUUUCACUGUAACAUAACGUUAGUAGAAGCGACAAGUGUGUGGACUGCGUGGAUUCUUUCAUGUUGUGACCUAUUUACUUUUUUUUUUUUCUUUAUUUAACCAUUUGGGUUUAUACACUUCAUGUGAGCUGUGAAAGUGAGACCAUGUUUAUGCAGGGAACUAUUUGUAAUGUUGGAGGGUCAACAUUUACCUCAGUUGUCUUCCCAUGUGGGCGAGUUCCUCAGACUUGUUCUUUAUCUGCUCGUGUAUUGCUGUGGUGUUUGUGUAAGCAGAGAAUGUAUGGUUGGUGACCUCCUGCUCUGGACAGGCGAGCACCGACACAUUGCUACCUCAUUCUGCUGGAAAUAUGCAAUGCUGCAUGCAGCGUGUGUUCAAUUAGCCACAAGCUAAAAAACAAAAAAACAAUCUGUAUGUGGACAAUCAAAUACACAUAUCUUUGUUGCCACUGUGACAUUGGCAUGUACCUCUGUGCUGGUCCUGAGUUUCUUCUUUUCUUUUCUUUUCUUCGUUUUGUUUGGAUUUGCAGCCAUGAGAAAUAAAACAGCGAUGCAUGGUGUUGGAAAAGCUUUGAUUGUGCAAGCAGAUAAA